CAAGCAGCGACCGCAGGGAGCCACAGCGCGCUUCGCCUUUGCGCGGACGCAGCUUUCUUCCUACUGAGACCCACCUUCUGGUGGGAUCCGGGCUCCGACGCCAAGGGGCGCAGGGUUCCAGCUGAUGUAGUGCCGGGGGUGCUGAAUCGGAGCUAAGUAAGAAGCAGCUAAGUAAGAGACGGGGAGGGUUGCCGGUGCGCCCCGGAGCGAUGGCGCAGGGCGGCGGGGACUGGCAGCGCUCGGAGACGCUCCUGCGAAGCAGCCUCCGCUUCCUGCGCGGCAAGUGGGGGCAGCAGCAGCCGGAAAGGCUCCCGGAGAGCGACGAUCGCGCUGGGGAAGAGGAGGAGGAGAAGCAGACAAUGACGACGCCCAGCGCCUUGGAGGCCCUGCCGAUAGAUAUGAAGUUAUAUAUUAUGUCCUUCCUCACACCGAAAGAUCUGAGUAAUUUGGGAAGCACCAACCACUACUGGAAGCUAACAAUCCAGGAUCCCUUGCUAUGGCGUUAUUUUCUCAUUCGGGAUCUUCCUUCCUGUCAUUCUAUUGAUUGGGAGUCAGUCCCUGAUGCAAACAUAUUUAAUAAAUCCUUUUCUGAGCUUCAUAAUAGUGCCUCAUGUGACUACAUGGCUGCGUACAAAAAGUGUUUCUCCUGGCUUAAAAGAUGUCCAAAACCCAGCCAACCCACUGGGGCUUUCACUUCCAUGUUACAGUCGCUGAUUACACAGACAGAGCCUCGCUUUGCAAUGUUUGGGCCGGUGUUGGAAGACCUGGACGACGCUUUGCUGUACAGAAUGGCGGCGUGUUCAGAGAUUUGGCCGCUGGCUGGUUUUCCUUCUGGACAAUUGAAUGGGAUGGACUCAGGAGUCACAUAUCAUUUGAAUGGCCAGAAAUUCAAUAUUACACUGUGUACAGAAACCAUUGAGGAAAGUCUUGGAGUGAAGGAAGUGGACACUGAUCCUGUCAACAAGGUGUUCUCUGCAGAGUCCAGUGUUGAUGGGAAAAUGCAUUACAGUCUGAACGAACAUUUAAAAAAUAUGUGCAGACUAAUUGAUGGGUUCAUCUAUAUUGCAUAUGCUGACACUCAUGAAAGACACAACCGUCAACUUGAAUUUGACUGGCUGGCAGCAAUGCUUGACCCAGUCCUUGGCCCUACAGAUAGGCCUCUGCUUGUCCUGUCCUGCGUUGCCUGUGCUGAGAUCGAAAGAAUUCCUUGUGUUUAUAUGGCGCAUCAGCUGCAGCUGAACCUGCUUGGCCCACAGCCAUGGAUGGUUCAGGACACUGAAACUUCCAGUUUGGAUGGACUGGUAGAUGGAAUUCAGUGGCUACUGGAACAAGCCAAACGUAGAAAUGCCCAGUAACCAGGCUUGUUUACAUUCAGUCACAUAUACACUACUGCAUGCCCACUUGUGGCAAGGAGAACGUCACUAUGUCCUUGGGUAUGGGUGGGUGGAUAAAUUUCUCCCUGGCACAUGUGUGUCCACCGUUUCUCCCGCUGAUGUUUGUCUACUCUGAUAAGUUACCACUUGGUAAAUGAAUACUCAGACCUAAUACUCAGACAUAAGAAUUCCCCACUACAACAACUCUAUCUAAUUGGAAUUCAACUUCACUUUACUGGUCCCCAUACAGUCCACCAUUGCUUCCAGGUCCAACACCUUCGCAGGUGGAAAAAGCACACCCAGUUCAGAUGGAAUGGGAAAACAGAGCCGUGUGUCAUCAACAUACUGAUAAUAUACUGACAAUGUUUUUUAUAACACUAUGCUGUUUCAAAAUUCAUAAACAGAAGACAUAUAAUAUGUGCAUGGAGUCACAAAUAAAUAAGAAUCAAAUAAAUGUUCCAUGAACAGGAAUGGUAGGAGUGGUAAGGCACUGUCAAAGAUUACUGAAAUGGAGGCAGAAUGCCUUUCCACAGUCAAUAUCCUACAAAUGUGAGAUGAUGGGUGCUCCAAACAUUGCAAUAGGGUGCUCUGAGCACAGUUCUUCCAGGAUAAUGAACUGUUUCAAUGAUAACAGCUAACAAUAAUAUGAAAUGAAAACCAUUACAUUCGAAUACAGUCCAGUGAAAGAAAUGACAGGCCUGCAUGUUAACCAACCAAUAAUAAAUACAUACCAAAUUAAUAGUCCCCAAAGGUACAUCAGAUGGCCAUGGAUAGCUAUCACUAAAAAGUGUAGUAAGCUGAUAAUGAAACAGACCGAAGAGAGUAAUGAUCAUCUGCUUUCUCCAGGGGCACCUACAAGUCAGCGCCGGACUCUACUCUCCGGCCUGUGUCUAGUUGAGGUCUGUGUUCAGCCCUAGUCUUUAUGACAAGCCCUCUAGAUGUACCUCAAUCCAACCAGCUUAAUCAUUCACAUAUAGCAGCUCCUUUGCCAGCCGAGCUCUUGACUGAUGUCAGGAGAACAAGGCUGGGAAUAUAUCUUUAGAGCUGGCGAAAGGUUUUGUGACUGCAGUUACAGUACUGUACUGCAAUGUGUUCAGCAAAUCUAGAGUUUGUUGCAGAGAUUGCUGUAUUGAGCAGGGCAAGGCUGGAUCAAGGCAUUUUUUUCUGCCUGAAGCACUUUCCUGCCUUUUUCUGAGAAUCCUUAAGGACAAUAUCACCAUGCAGCUUAUAUACAGAGUGUGAGAAGUUGGAGUUCUUAU